GCAAACAUUCGCCGUGCCUCUCGCCCCGUCGCGUCCCCGGCCGCGGCACCCGCACGUGCAUCGCCGAGGGGAGAGUUGGGCUUACCCGACCGUGAGGGGACGGAAGGAAAACCCUACCGCGCGUGCCGGCCGCGCCGCCGCUGCGUGGCCGUCGUCGCCGGCGACCGCCUCCGACAGUCCGACGACUCCAGCUACUCCAGGGUCCCGGCGCGAUGAGGUCGUCUCCGUCGUCGUUGACAGCCUCUCGCGCGACGAGGCUGCCGAGGGCGCUCGCCGCCUCGGCGUGGUUGAUCGUGUUGCUCGGCUCCGCCGCCCUCGCCACCGCCUCCCCCUCCGACGCAGGAUUCUCGCCGCCGCCGACUUCCGUACCUGCGGGUCCGCCGCACCCGGCACCCCGCGCCGUCGCCGCCGCCCUGCCCGCGCCCGUGCCCCUGCCCCGGAAGAUCCUCCGCCCGCCAGGCGUCGACGCCGCGGCGGCCGGCAACGUCACCGGCAGCACGGGCACCGGCGGCGGAGGGGGAGCAACAGCAGCAGCAGCAGCAGGCGGGGCGUUGCGGCCGAACCGGAUGGACGAGGGGUGCGCGGGCGCGGAGGACAUCGAGAUCUACCAGGGGCAGGCGUCGCCGCUGCCGAGCGGGGUGCCGGCGUACAAGGUGGACGUGGUGAACCGGUGCCUGGGCGGCCUGGACGGCGACUCCGGCUCCGUCGAGUGCGCGAUCGCCGGCAUCCACGUGCGGUGCGGGUGGUUCAGCUCGGUGAGCCUGGUGGACCCGAGCAAGUUCCGUCGCUUGGGCCACGACGACUGCCUCCUCAACGACGGCCGGCCGCUGCUCGGCGGCGAGACCAUUUCCUUCGAGUACGCCAACUCCUUCAAGUACGACCUCUCCGUCCGCGUCGCCACCUGCGUCGACCCCACCGCCUACCCGUAGCCACCGCCGCCGCCGCUCCGUCCCACGAUACGUAUAAACUCUAUACUACCCACACUAGUCAUCAUACAGUUAGCAGCAUCGAUCAGUCGAUCAGUCAGUAGCAGCAGCACAUUUGCAGGCAGUUCUUGGUUCUUGGUAAUAGUGAGUUAGUCACGGUUCAAGUGUAAGUAGCUACUCCUAGUAGUUGUGAUUUUGUUAGCGUGUUGGAUCGCGCGUGCGAGCGAGGGGGACGUUUCUUGUUCUUGCCAAGAUCCAAGUUGUUCUAGCCAAGAUCCAAGAUCACGUGUACUGUAAAUGGCACGCUCGCGUCGAGCGGUGAAAGAGUGUCCCGGAGGAAAUGCGAGCACUUGUAUGGAAUGUGACCUUUGUUUCUUGGGGGUGACCAGGCAUGGUGUAAUGUAAAUGGUAAAGCUUCUUUUCCAAGCUGGAAGUAGCCGGG